AUGUCCGGAAUUAGUAAAGCCUGCUGCACGAUCCCUCCCGUUGUUUCCAAGGGCUAUCAGGCCAAGGGAGAAUACAAGACCAUCAAUGGCUUGAAGACCUACGUCACCGGCCCAGAAUCGGCUUCCAAGGCUAUUCUGGUGAUAUACGACAUCUUCGGCUUCUUCGACCAAACCAUCCAAGGUGCCGAUAUUCUCGCAACCUCAAACGACCAGAAAUAUCGCGUCUUCAUCCCCGACUUCUUCGAGGGCAAGCCUGCCAACAUCUCCGAUUACCCGCCUACCACCGACGAGCAAAAGAAGAGGCUGGGCGACUUCUUCUCAACCAAGGCUGCGCCGCCCAAUACCCUCUCCAAGAUCCCGAAUGUCGUGGCCGAAGCCAACAAGCUGGCCCCCGGUGGCCAGUUCGGGUCCUGGUCGAUUCUUGGCUUCUGCUGGGGCGGAAAGAUCGCUUCUUUGUCCUCUGGCGCUGAUAACAAGAUCUUCAAGGCCGCUGUGCAGUGCCACCCGGCUAUGGUCGAUGCCAAUGAUGCCAAGACGGUGAACAUUCCCAUGGCCAUGCUUGCUUCGAAAGAUGAGCCUGUUCAAGACGUCAAGGAUUAUGAGGCAAGUCUGAAUGUCCCGAAGUAUUUUGAAAUCUUCCCGACUCAGAUUCAUGGCUGGAUGGCUGCGCGGUCGGACCUUGAGAACCCUGAGGUUCGUAAGGAGUAUGAGCGUGGUUACAAGACCGUUCUUGAGUUCUUGCAUCAGCAUGCGUAA